AUGCUCCCCAAGCACCUGGGUUCCGAGCAUGACGACUACGUCCUCUACCCUGAGCCACCACAGGGAGUCUUCAGCUCAGCACCCCUGGAGAUGAGCAUCCCUGCCGGCGCCUCUUACACGUAUCCAGCCUCAGUGGCAAUGGACGCGCCCUCCCUCUACGACAACAACUUCAUGUACCAAAGCCGCACGUCGCCUGGCCUCUACGAGGACGCCGAGUUCCAAUUGCCCUCAUCCAACCUCUCCACCACUUCCGUUCCCUCGGCGGCCUCCUCCAACGUGGGCUCACCGCAAUCUCACAACGAACAGCCGGCCCUCAUCCACGAAUGGGCGCAUCCCGCUAUCGCCCUCACCCCCGGCAUCGUGCCCCACGACUACUACAACACCACCGGUACCGAGUACUCGACCUACGCCGGCCCAGGUAUGGAAGACUUCGCAGCUUUUGAUUUUGCGAACAUCAAGCCCCCGGGUUUCGUGGACCCUUCCCUUAUUCACCCUGACAUUAGCCGUCCCAUGGCCAUGAGCGCCUUCCACAACCCCAGCCAGUAUCCCACAUCGCCAGCGCUCUCCGCCUCAUCGCAGUCCAUGGUCCGCAACGGCAGCCAAUCGCCAUUCCUUCACAGCGGCUUCCAGCAGCAGCCGCAGCAGCAGCAGCAGCCUCAGCACUUCAGCCCCUACGCCACACCCGCGGAUGCUCGCCGCCCCAGCCUGCACUCGUUCCCCUCCAACUACUCGGAUGGCAACAACUACAGCGGCGACGAGGGCAAGGAGAAGCAGAGAUGCCCCCACCCCGAGUGCGGCAAAACCUUCAAAGACCUCAAGGCGCAUAUGCUCACUCAUCAGAACGAGCGCCCCGAAAAGUGCCCCAUCGUGACGUGUGACUACCACGUCAAGGGCUUCGCGCGCAAGUAUGACAAGAACCGCCAUACCCUGACGCACUACAAGGGCACCAUGGUCUGCGGCUUUUGCCCCGGCUCUGGCUCUGCGGCCGAGAAGUCGUUCAACCGCGCCGACGUCUUCAAGCGCCACCUGACAGCCGUCCACGGCGUCGAGCAGACGCCGCCCAACAGCCGCAAGAAGAGCACAGGCGCCAGCAGCGGCAAGAAACUUGCUGGCUACCCUCCGGAUGCCACAGGCAAGUGCUCGACCUGCUCGCAAACCUUCUCGAACGCUCAGGACUUUUACGAGCAUUUGGACGACUGCGUGCUGCGCAUCGUGCAGCAGGAGGAUCCCUCCGAAGCCAUCAACGCGAAGCGCCUGGCUGAGGUGGAGAAUGACAAGGAGGUGCAUCAAACGCUCGAGAAAAACCACCUCCCCAAGCAGACGCAGAUGCCAUCGAUUGAGGAGGACGACGACGAUGACAUGGCCGAGGACGAUGAUGAGGAGGACUGCAACCUCCGCACUAACUCGCCGACCAAGAGGAAGGGCAACCCCGUCAACGGAGUACAGAAGUCACGCGGCCUCACUCACUCCCGGGGCGGCGGCCCGAUCCCCCUCAGGGUCAAGGGCCGCAAGAACCGUCGCGACUACCCGUCUUCGUGGGGCUUCGACAAGUGCCAGAUGACGAUGAAGAAGCGUGUCAUGGCAGUGUUUGAGGGCCCCCGGCGACUGGCCAAAGACGACAUGAUGCUGUCGACGGACCACGAAGUACGCAUCAAGUUGUCGGACGGCAACAACUACGUGACGGACUUGGACGUGCAGACGUUGAAGCGGGCCGAGGGCUUCCUCGGCGCGACAGAAGAAGAGAAGGGCCCAUGGAUCUCGGAUGAUCCCACCGAAGAGCAGAUUCGGCAGAUGCACGAGAUGCUCGAGAGCUGCCAGGCAUCUCGGUAA